AUUUUUUCAUUCGCGUUUUGUCAGCAGUUGAACCAACCUCGUUGCGUGCACUUGUGGACUAAUUAAUCGUGAUUUUUUUUACUACCCAUUAUUAUCUGGUGAAUAACCAGGGCGAGGAAUUGAAACGAAAAUCUAUCGAACAGGAGUUCGAGAUCGAAGUUUUGGCUUUGCUAUUAGCACUCGUGUUAUAAAGGCUGCAUCACCAGAGAUUUAGCCAGAUAAACCGUUAGGAUCUUCCUGUUACAUUUUCGAAAUGGCAACAGAAACCGAAACAACCCAACAGGAGGCGCCGGCGGCCGAGACGGAGGCGACUCCAGUCGAAAAACCCGUCACCAAGCGGACACUCCGACUGGAUGUGUGGCGCAAAGUGCGGGAACUGAAGCUGGCCACUUCGAUUCCCUUCACGCCGUACAACAAAAUUCCCAGCUUUAAGGGAUCGGAUAAGGCAGCCGAGCUCCUGGCCGGAACGGAAGAAUUCCAGAAAGCAAAAUCUGUUAAGGUCAACAUCGACCUGUCCCAAGAACAGAUCAAGCUCGAGGUCCUGAAGGCCAAGAAAACUCUGUUCAUCCCAUCGACGCACCGUUCGGCCAGCGUUUAUGCCAAAAUCAAACCAUGCAACCUGGAGGAGAUGGAUGCCGAUCGCCAGAAGCGACUCAUCAAGCUGAAAGAUGGCGAGGACACGUUUGAUGAAAUUGAUAUCAACAACGUUGAGCCACUGGACAUUGUUGUGGUGGGCUCCUGCGUGGUUUCCCGGGAGGGUCACCGCAUCGGCAAGGGCAAUGGAUACGUGGAUUUGGACAUCGGCAUCCUGACCGAGCUGGGCAUCAUCACCAAAGACACGCUGAUCGUGACGACGGUUCAUGACAGCCAGGUGGUCGAUACUCUUCCCGGGGAGCUGUUCCAGCCGUUCGAUCUGGCCCUGGACAUGAUCGUAACACCGACGGAGGUAAUCCGUACCAAGACCAAGUUGCCGCGGCCGACCGGCAUCCACUGGGGACUGUUGUCUUCCCGGCGGAUAGAGAUCGUGCCGGUGCUGAAGGCAAUCAAGGAACGGGAGGAAAAAGCCGGCAAGACGAUCGAACUGAAGGACGAAGACACCGACGUGGAAUCGUACACCAAGAAAGCCAAACAGCGCCGUAUGGUGCGAGGACAGAACCGUCGCCGUCGUCGCUCCGAGAAGCAAAACGGCGAGAGCCACGACGAUGGGGCAGAGAAAACCGACGGCGAAACCGGUGGUGAUGGCGAGCGAAGGGAGGGUGGCGGUCGGGGCCACCGUAGACCACGGUUCCGCAAGGGACCUCGCCGGGGGGACAAGGACGUCGGUGAGUCGGGAGCCGAAAAGUCUGAAGGCGAAGGUGGAUACAGCGAGAAGGAGGGUGGCGAUGGCAAAAAACAGAAUCGCCGUCGACGGCUGCCGAGAAACGGCGAAAAGGGUGAACGACGCAAGCCGAGCGGACGCGUCGAUCGGGAUCUGUGCAUUCGAGUAUCGAACAUUACCCGAUCGCUGCGAAUCAAAGAUCUCAAAAAAGAACUGCGGGCACGAAACUGCAAUCCCAUCUUCAUCACCUGGAAUGGAUACCACGGAAAAUGCUUCUUGCAUUUCGCUAAGAAUCCGGAGCUGGGAGAUGAGCAAGCUGGAGCCAACUUGUUGCAGCAGUUGGAAAAUUUGGUAUUGACGGUGAAUCAUCGCGAGAAGGAAGGCGGUGGUUCGCAGGAAGUGACCCUCAAGUGUGAGAUCAUGAAACGCAAGGAGGGUGGAGGAGAAGGUGGCGGAGAUGAACCGGCCGUAACCAAUGGAACCGUGCUGGAGGGAAGUCGUAUCGAAACGACUGACGUGACGGCCGUCUAAGUCGACACGCUAACACAGAAUGUCCGAAUAUCGGUGAGAACUACCGGUUCGCUAGCGGUCUUUUCGGGAAGGCUCUUGAACGGUGUGUUCCAAUCGUCGUGUGACCAACGCGUCGUGGUCAACAAAAUCUCUUUAAAAAUAUUGUCGUCAGUCCCUAAAUGUACAAAACAAUCAAAAGGAAGUUGUUUCUGAAGGAGAUUUCGCCUACGCUAUUGUGAAUUUUUAAGAAGGUCGCCAUCGUCGAUUAGGUUAGGAGAGUCUGAAGAAGAAAAAUUAAGGAAUCGGUUCCCUGGGGCAGCGCAGAUGGAACUACUUCUACGUUACUAAGCCGCAAAUCCAAUCUGCCACCUUCGGGGGAACCUUUCGAAAAACAAAAAAAAAACCUCGUUAGAGUAACGAACGAACCCUCCAACAUUGUUUGAACCCAAUUCAUAAGUGUAAUUUUGCACCCCAGGUUCCACUUUCUGCCGAACGAAUUUUGGAACUAAUAUGAGCAAGCCAGCGCGCGGUGUUGCAAGGACACACCAAGCAAUCGGAUGCUAGAAUUUUUGUACCGUGGAACAUUGAGAAUCCUUUAUAAAUGCCACACACUGUACCUGUCGGCCUUCGGUGCUCGAAUUUUUUGUUUUCAUAGAAAGAUACAAGUUGCGAAGUUUUACAACGUUAUGGUGUACACGCUUCGGACAGUUGAGGGUGCUACCAUUGAUUACUUCGUUACUUUUGGAAGUAAAUGGCGCCGAUUUGCCCGAGAAGAUCGCAUCGAGGGCUGCCAGAUGUCUCCAGAAAAAGGGUUUCGGUGAAAGUUGAUGAACGAUGCGACAGUUGUUAUUUCUUUUUCUUUGUUAUAUUAGUAUUGUUCUGCUGGCACACAAACAAAAACCCAAGUACAUAAACACAGAAACAUUUUCAAAAGCAAAAAAUAACUACAAGUAACCGAAGAUUAACAGAGAUUAUUUAUUUAGCAUUAGUAAGUGAAGAAAAAAACGGGACCGCGCCUCGACCGUUUGAUAACAAAGAAUGAAUUCUCAAGAGAUAUUGUUAGGUUUUGGGUUUCAAUGGUUAGUUUUCAAUUUAUUAUUUUGUCUAAACGAGAGUGUCGUUCAAAAAGGAAAGCAAUUCCAUGGGAGCGCAAAUUUGACUACGUUUUUUUUUAUUCAAAUGUGGAAAACUGUUAUUUAUCUGAAGAGAGAAAAAGCAAACCAAACAUUUAUAAGGCUUCUUAAAUUUUUGUACACAACAACAUACCAUGUGAAACGGUAAAAUUACAGAAUGCAAUCCAUAAUACAUCUCUACUUUUGUUGAUUGAGAAUGAAAUGGAAUAAAUUCAUACUCUUACAAAAAUCAGUGAAAUAACUUAAUUUUUUUCGAGCAGAGAUAAAAAAAUAGUUGAGAUGGAAACAUACCUAUAUUGAGAAUGUUUACAUGAUAUUCAGUUUUAUUAGGCAAAUAUUGUUGAGGAGAGGUGCACAUAACGAAAGAGCGGCGACAUUUUCUUCUUGGCUACUGACGGUGAAAAAAAAAUUGCGGUACAAAAUAUACGUUAAACGGACGCGUUGGAGCAAAAGUGGCAUCUGAUGGCAAACUUUGAAAAUGAAAUCGAUGCCAACGUGUACUUGAUAUGAAAAAUAAAAGCAGUUCAAAUUAAAAUUUUUGUUCAAACAACUGAUUUGAGGAUGACGAUAGAUCAAAAUGCAUAAACAAAUGAUAAUCGUGUAACAUUGUUAAAAGAAAACUAAAUGAAGAAAUGACGGAAUAUGUGAGUUGCCGAGCGUACCUUUUUGUGCAGAGAAUGUGCAAGAGCGCUGCGACCGAAUAUAAUACAAUAAGCAAAUAUGAAAGAUUUUUCAAUCACUGAACGGCAACAGAAAAAAAACUCUGAUUUAAAAUGCCCUUACUAGGGUAUAUAGAUUUUUGUGGUUUCUAAUUGCGAAGAAACUUACCGGAGUCCCCCAAUGAGACAUGAUUCUUGUAAGAAGAAACGAGAGCUAAUAGAAAUAACAGCGAGAUUUUGGAAUUGAAAAACACGACGACAAUUUACAUUCUGCAAACAAUAACAGCUUAGCAAAGCAAAAUCUAAUAAUUAGUUUAUGGUUGAAAAGUUAGGUAAGGAUAUCGUGACUGGAAAAACUCCCAAGAGGAACAUUAAUAUCGAAGGAGAAAAUGCCGCAAGAAAUCUGGACGAAUGAAAGCAAAUAAUUGAUAAGAUGAGUGACACAACGAAACUUCGUCCAGUUUUCUAAUCGGCUGGGUAGUUCCCGACCUGGGAGACCAACAGUUUCAGUCUAUUCUAGAUUCUAGGGAUUAACAGCUCGGAUUCGAUUGGUCUUGGAUAAAUGGCAAAAAAAAAUCGUCGAUCCGAGUGGAAACCAAUUUUACCUUAUAUUAUUCACUCCAAUCAACCUAAAUGCGAUUGAUUUUGUACCUUUUCCCCUUUGGAAUAUUCAGAAGCUAAAUUAAAUUAUACGUAGUCCAACAAUGAUCGUAAGCUAGGAUAUAAGAGAGCAAAUUUAAGUGUUAGCAUAACUGCAUGUGAAAAUUGACUCUAACACUAGUGCAAACUCUUCAUCAGCAAAACGUGGAAAAAAGCGGAAUAAGCGCCCCGCUGUUAACAAAGUAUAAUAUGCAACAGAUAGUGUGAGCUUAGACGCUUUAUCCAAUUUUCUUGAUCAAGUUAAAAAAUUUCAAUGCAGAGACAAAAAUUAUUCUCAAGCAACAUUUGAACUAAAAUGGGAAACCGAAAUCAACGCUACUGACAAAGCAAAGAAAGGUUUUCUUCAUUACAAGACUAUAGGGUAAGAUCUAAAGGGCAAAGAGCCGAUUAACAAACAAGAAUAAUUAAAUAAACAGAUACACAAAAACAUGGUAAUCAGAGAAUAAUGAGUGUUUUGAAAUGUAGACUUGCGCAAAAUUGCACCCACUUAUCUCUCACAGGUAAACACGUACACAAAGAUGUAUAGAAGAACAAAAAGUUUGACAAAAAAAAAACGCGUGCAAUGAGAAAACUCACUGUCAUAAGAAUACAGACGAAGACAUGCGAAAAAAAAUCGCCGAAAAUUGGGUCCGAGUCGAAAAAUGUCCAACAAUUCCGCUCGGUCCCAUAACAAAAAAUAAACCGUGUGUCAAAGUUUUCUUUUAACAAGAGAAAAUCAAAAAGUUUUUCUUGUUUUUACUCAUCCAGCAGCAAGCUGUAUCAAAGAGUCUACUAAUUGAAUUAAUUAAGGGCACAAACCCGCACAGGGUGUGACCUCUGAUUGACAAAAGUAUAUCCUAUUUAGUCUCACUAACAAAUCACUAACACUGAAAGCAAAAUCGUAUUACACCUUUUACCUUUGAAAAGAAAAAAAAAUUAACGAACUCAAAUGAAAGUACACAUUCGGUGCUGAAAAACGCGCAAGAAUGUGACUGCAGUUUUGAACUACGCAAUAACAGACAAAAGGCGAAAGUAACAAUACAAAAAUGCAACGGAAAGUUGACACAGUAGAUUAAAAAGCAAAAACGAAAACAUACAGAAGAAAAUGCAUGCCCCCCAAUGUGGAAAGAAGGUAGAAAUAUAACUACAUUCGUGAACGUGCUGCGAGUCGCGCGAUGCUUAAAUUAGGCCGUAAAAUUUGAUAAUUAAUAGUCGAUCAAAAUGGUUUGGUUUUCCAAAAAAUUGCUUUGAAAAAUCCUUCAUUCUUGGGAAAGUAAUGGUUUUUUUUGUAAUUUGAAACAGCAAAUUCGAGGAUAUUCGUUCAUCCAACCAUUUUCCAUCCGUUAUUCGUUCAAAUAUUUAAAUUCGACGUUCAAAUUAGCAGGUUUUGUUUCGGUUCCUAUGCAGAACAUUUUUCUGAGCGGUUAAGACCAGGCGCAAAGAAAUAUGGCAAAGAGAAAUCAAAUUGAAGAAAACAAAUGAACAAGCAAAAAUCAACUCUAAACGAGUACACAACAAAACUAAGAAACCACGCCCAGGGAUUAAACAUAAACGAAGAACAACAACAAACAAAAACUUAACGUUAAAAGCUAACACACAAAUCUGAAUCGAUAGUAAUAAUUGCAUUUGUUUUUUGUUUCUUGGUCUAUUUAGAAAUGUUUUCACUCCCGUUUUUAUGAGAAAUCCUCAGAAAUAGUAAAACCGAAAAAAAUAACGGAUUCGAUAACCAAGGGAAUGGUAGGAACAAGCCGAAACCAAUAUGGAAACAAAACGAAACCAUAGGAAAUAGAAAUACAGGUUUGAGACAACGAUGGGGUUAAUGUCUGAGUACAUACUCAAAGAUUAACAAAGAUACAUAUGAAUGGACCCUAGAAAUUGGUUCACCAAACCAACUGUAUUGAGUUUGUAUAUCUAUUUUCACUGGAUUGAUUGUUUGUAUGAAUAAAACAUGAGUAAAUGAACAAUAACAAUUUUGAAUAAAAAAUUUUUACGCCUACAA